AUGUUUGAACCGGAAGAUAAGGAGAAAGUGUUUGUUUUAGCCCUCAGGAAAAUCAGGUUAAACGAACCGUUUCAAACCCUAGGGCUUAUGUAUGGCAUGCAUCCGAGCUUGGUGUCGGACAAGAUAUUUCAUGUUAUCCACUGCAUCUAUCCGUUUCUGGCAGGGUUGGUACGGUGGCCACCACGAGAAGUUUUACGAAAACACAUGCCGCAUGCGUUCCGACAAAAGUACAACAAUCGAGUGACAGUAAUCUUGGAUUGCUUUGAAGUUCCCAUCGAGACACCACGAGUCGAAGAGAUGGUGGCAAACGCAAACGUUUACAGUUUUUAUAAGCAUCAUAAAACCAUCAAAGUACUAGCGGGUAUCACUCCAGAUGGUUGCUAUUGCUUUAUUUCGGAGGCGUUUGGUGGGAGAACAUCCGACAAGCAGAUCACUUUGAUGUCCGGGUUCCUCGAUCUCAUCGAGGAAGGCGACUUUGUUUUAGCAGAUCGAGGAUUCUUGAUCGAGGACCUCCUGAGGCAGAAAAAAGCAUCAAUUAGUAUUUAUUUAUUUAUUCAUCACCGUCUUCGACACUACAUCGUACAGACUGUACUUAUCUCCUAA